UCGUGCUCCUUGUAAAAGAACAGACGUCACAUCAUACCAGCUUCAAUCACGAAGAUAAGAGGAAUCCAUCUCUAGUCUCCUCGCCUCGCUUAGCCUCGCCCGUCACCCCCAUCUGCUCGUUGCAAGCCGUCACGUCUAGAGCAUGAAUGAUCACUUGAGGCUUGGUCAGACUGAGCGACUGUAGGCUCCAAUUCAUCGCCGCAUGUAGACGUUAGCUGCUCCAGUCGCCGACUGCACUGGUAGGCGACGGUACGCGUUUUUUUGUCGACUGGAACGUAUCGAAAGCCCUUACAUGUAGUAUUGCGCUCCCACCCACUUAGCCCAGAGGCAUCGCCGUUCCUCAGGAACGCUUCGUUCCGCCUCGGGCACGGCCCAAGGCCUCCACGUGUCAUCCACAGCUCUCUCCCUCUUUCCGUCCUCCCUAUCUCCCGCUGCUACUCUCUCGCUUCCACUCUCCGUUAUCAGCCGAGUUCCCUAGCACCCCCCCGCCCAUCGCGGCUCAAUGGUUCAGGUGUUCUCAUGGGACCUCCCGCUCAUCGCCCUCAUCGGCAUCGGCUGCGGCAUCCUCGCUAUAAUCGUGCUCGUCCUCUCUGUUAUGAUCUACUGCUGCUGCUGCCUCUACCGAGUCCCCAAGAAGCAGCGGCGCCCAAAUGACGAGGAGGCGCGGGGCCGACUCCCCCCACCGCAAGCAUCACUCCACAACAAGCCCGCCUCCCCGUACCUCCGGAACGUUUCCGCCUUGCCUCCCCCCGGCUCCGCUUACCCUCCCGGCCAGCAGCUGCAGCCGCCGCUUCCCCCCCGUCAGCAGCUUCCGCCAGUGGGCGCGGGCGCGCUCGCCGCAGCACGGGCUGGGGGGGUAGGCGUGGCGGCGGGGGCGGUGGCGGGGAAGCGGCUGGCGAAGUGGGAGGAGGACCUGCGGGACGGCAUGUUCCGCAAGUACUCGCUGGACGAAAUCCGCGCCGCCACGUGGGGCUUCAGCCGCGGCAACUUCCUGGGCGAGGGCGCGUUCGCCGCCGUGUACCGCGGCGUGGGGCAGUCGGGCGCGAACUGGGCCGUGAAGCGGUCGAAGACGGCGCUGCCGCCGGGGUCGUCGGGCGCAGUGGACUUCGAGAAGGAGGUGAUGACCAUCUCGCGCCUCUCGCACAAGAACCUCGUGCGCCUGCUGGGCUACUGCAUGGAGGACGGCGAGCACAUCCUCAUCUACGAGUACGUCGACGGCGGCACGCUCUCGACCGCGCUCGCGCGCAAGGGCCCGCCGUACCUCACGUUCAAGGAGCGCCUGAACAUCGCGCUGGGCACGGCGGAGGGGCUGCAGUACCUGCACACGGCGGCCGUGCCGCCCGUGAUCCACCGCGACAUCAAGCCAGACAACAUCCUGCUGGACGCGCGCCUGCGCGCCAAGGUCGCGGACUUCGGGCUGCUCAAGUUCAUCCUCGAGGGCAAGGACGGCGCCACCGCCAGCGAGGUGGAGUCGCUGUACACGCGAGUGGCGGGCACACCGGGGUAUCUGGACCCCGAGUACCACUGCACGGCCAAGGUGACGGUGAAGGGCGACGUGUACAGCUUCGGCGUGCUGCUGCUCGUGCUCUUCACCGGCCAGCGCGCCAUCAUCGCGCCCUCCUCCCUCGCCGCCAGCGCAGGGCCCAGCCAGUCCGACAGCGGCAGCCCGUCCCAGGGGGGGCGCGCUGGGACGACGCCUGAGAGCCGCCAGAGCGGGUCGAAAGGGGGUGAUUCGGCGAGCCCGGCGUCAAGGGGGGGAUCGGAGGGCGCGGAGUGGCAGUCGGGGCCCGUGCACAUCUCGGCGUGGGUGGGGCCGCUGGUGCAGGCCAAGAUGGUGGAGCGCGCGGCGGACCCCAACCUGGGCGCGGACUACGACCGGAGCGCCAUGCUGAAGCUGCUGCAGAUGGGGCUGCAGUGCAUCCGAGCCUCCUCCAAGGCGCGCCCCGACAUGCCCGCCGUCGUGCGCUGCCUCGCGGACCUGCGCGAGCAGCUCAACGCGCAGGAGCGCGCAGCGCUGGCCGCCGCGCGCGGGGAGUCGAGCGAGGAGGGGGAGGGGCUGGAUGGGUCUGGGUUCGCGGCGGAGAAGAUGUGGCGGGCGCCGUGGAUGCUGGAGGAGGGCAGUAGUGCGGCGAGCGGGCGGGGGGGGGAAAACACGGAGGUGGAGUAUUCCAGGGAGGGGAGUAAGCCGCGGGAAGAAAGUUAUGAGGCGAGUGGCGAGUGGAGUGCGGUGAAGACGGGUGAAGAGAGAGGCUGGUCGGACGUGGAUCCAAGUGCUGCUGCUGCUGCUGCUGCUGCUGCUGCUGCUGCUGCUGCUGCUGCUGCUGCUGCUGCUGCUGCCGGCGUUGGUGCAGCUACUGCUGGUUCAGAAGUGCGGAGCCCGCUGCCGCCUGUAAGAGAGGGGCCAGAGGGCGGGACGUCCCUAUCAGACACUACUGGAGGCGGAAGCAGCAUGCCCAAGUCAGUGCAAGGGGGUGGGUAUGCGUCUGAGGGUAGUGCUGCGCCUUCUGCCGUUGCAACUGGCGCCGGCGGUGCUGCAGGUUAUGGUGCUAGUGGUGAUGCGCCCGCAUCAACAUCGUAUGUGCAGGCAGAAACUGCUGCUGCUGCUGCGGCGGCGGCGGCUGCUGCUGCUGCAGGGAGGCAUGGAAAGGCUCGUGGUGCCGGCUCAGCAGGAGCCGCCCCACCUCCAAUGCCGCCCCCUGUUGGAGCACCUGUCUCUCCUCGUGCUGCUGUGCCUGCUGCUGCUACAGCGCAGGCAGGCCCUGCAGCGCAGCUGCCGGCGACUUCGGGCGCAGCAGGGUUUGCGACGGGGUACUAUGACUCAGGUGUGGUGUCCACACUGCACGAGGCCGACCAGUCCGGGGUCACGCCCAGGUAAAGGGACGGGGAGGAGGGAGAGGACGGAUAAGGGGAGAGUGGGGAGCUGUAAGACCAAGGGGAGAGGGAUGGGAGGCAGCAAAGGGAGGGUACCUGGAUGGCUUGAGAAGCAGUGCGAGUGACAGAUGGUGUAACACGCCAGGGAAUGUGUGUUGUGCUGGCUGCUGCCCCACUGGCGGAGAGGCAUGGCAAGGGGGUAAUAAGGAGGCAACUAGGAGUGAGAAGGAAGUGUAUCUCAAAGUAACGAAUUAAACUAGAAUGAGAGAUACAGGGUAGUUUUGUGCUGAGGGGUUGUACUCUGUAAGAGUAUGCACCUAUUUUGCCUAUAAUAACAUAUACACAUGUUUGACACACCCCAUAGGCUAGAUGAGGGGCUGUGCCUGGCAAGAGACACGCAGCUCAGGGUGGCACUACCGUAAUCCCCCGGAUAUAGGCGCAUCC